AUGAAAGUGCAAUUGAGGUUCUCCAACCAAGUUUUAACUGAUUGGUCGUCUUUUUGCCGAGAAGUAAGUUACGACGCGAUGGUGGUACGGAAAGUAAAAUUGGGCGGCUGUGGACGAACAGUUGAAAUCGACGAAUCGAAGUUUGGACGUCGAAAGCAUCAUCGGGGUCAUAGAGUUGAGGGCCAAUGGGUUUUUGGCGGUUAUGAACGGGAAACAGGUAACUGUUUUAUGAUCCCCGUUGAAAACCGAACCGCCGAAACCCUUCUGGCCAUUAUAAAAGACUGGAUAAAACCGGGAACAACCAUUAUAUCCGAUUGUUGGAGAGCCUACAAUACCUUAAAUAAUGAAGGCUAUCAGCACCUUACUGUAAAUCAUAGUCUGCAUUUUAAGGACCCUGAGACAGGGGUCCACUCUAACACAAUAGAGAGUUCGUGGAGGCAUUCGAAGGCAUCAAUGUCUAAUUACUGCCGUAAAAAAGCUUUUUACGCAGGCUAUUUGGCGAAAUUUAUGUUUACCAAACACUGCCGUUCGCAUAACCUAGACCCAACAGCUGAGUUUUUUAAACAUGCGGGUAUCCUUUAUGAUGCGAACAAUAAGGAUAAUAUGAUAUUUAACGACGGCGACUACGGUGACGACGAUGAUGACAGUGACGAUGAUGAUGACGGGAACGAUGACGGUGAAAAAGACGUAGACAACAACGACGACAAAUAA